UCCAGAUACAGCCUCGCUAGCCCAUUGUAUCUCCCAGGAAUAUUCGGAUGGGAAAGGGCAUUGCAACACUUUUUAAAGCAAAGUUUGGACGUGUUCAGGAGUUGAGUGAUCAGUGUCGCAAACCGGGAGAAGUUGCCGUCCUGAAGCAUGGUCAAAGAUUUAUCUAUUACUUAGUCACUAAGGAACGAUAUUGGCACAAGCCCACAUAUUUAAGUCUUCGGUCUUCUUUACAAGCAAUGAAACGCCAUGCUCUCCAGCAUAAUGUUGCUGCCAUUGCUAUGCCUCGCAUUGGAUGCGGACUGGAUGGUCUAGUGUGGGACCGAGUCCGUGAGAUCCUUACUGAUGUAUAUAAAGAUACUGAUAUCAAGAUUUCUGUUUAUUCCAUUUGAGGCUUUCUACUUGAUAUAUACAAAGCAUAUGAAGAUGAUCAUCUGUAUAGAAAUGGUAUGAGCACGCUCAUGGCAUGUGCAUGUUAAACCAUUGUUUCCGUAAACCCAAGAUGGAACCUAGGGUGAUUUAUUUUAUGAUACGUAUUUGAAAGUUGCUGUCCAUGUAAACAGUAGCCAUAUAUUGUGCAGAAAAUGAGUUCUUGUCUCCAUCACAGUGAUGGCCACUAGCUGUCCAUCUUGGAAAGACCUUGAAAAUAUAAAUAGGUCUUGAAGCUAGGAUAAGGUUCAAGUGCAGCUAAUAUAUGUAGUAGAUAGGUUAUGAAAACUAAACAUUUGAUGAAUAGAUUUUCAGUUUUAUAGGUUAGCCAUGCAAUUUUGGUGACUUGCUCAGAGAAGUCAGACAUGUUCUCAGUUAUUGAGAAUUUUAUCAAGGGUGUAAAAAGAAACUUUUAAUUGAAAUCACCCAUACAAUUAAAGCUGUAGAAGGAUUUUGAAAUUUUUCUUUGAUUUAGGAUGAACAGCUUGGGGCAGCAUUUGCUGUCAGUAUUUGAUAAGGAAUAUUAUUUUUCCACAGAGGUCUUCUUUCCAAGUGUUGGAAAAUGAGUACAACUUUUA